AAGUUUGGCUCUGGCGCUGCAGAGGGAGGGGGCGGCCCGGCCCGGCCCAACUCUGCCCCCGGCCGGCCCGACCCCGGCCCCGGCCCCCGGACAAGCCCUUAUCUGAUCCCAGCUCGGGGUUUAAGAGUCUUGGCCCUGCCCGUCGCGCAGCUCCGCUCGUCACUCCUGCCCGCCCCAUCUGUUCAUCUGUCCGGCUGCCGGGUGGUCCAUUCCUGCAGCAUCUCCACCUCCGAGCCAAGAUGACAUCAGUCGCCAAGGUCUACUACAGUCAGACGACUCAGACAGAAAGCCGGCCCCUCGUGGCCCCAGGGAUACGUCGGAGGAGGGUCCUGACGAAAGACGGCCGCAGCAACGUGAGGAUGGAGCAUAUUGCGGACAAGCGUUUCCUCUACCUCAAGGACCUAUGGACGACCUUCAUUGACAUGCAGUGGCGCUACAAGCUUCUUCUCUUCUCCGCGACCUUUGCAGGCACCUGGUUCCUCUUUGGCGUGGUGUGGUAUCUGGUGGCCGUGGCCCAUGGGGACCUGUUGGAGCUGGGACCCCCUGCCAACCACACCCCUUGUGUGGUGCAGGUGCACACACUCACUGGGGCCUUCCUCUUCUCCCUCGAGUCCCAGACCACCAUUGGCUACGGCUUCCGCUACAUCAGUGAGGAGUGCCCUCUGGCCAUCGUGCUUCUUAUUGCCCAGCUGGUGCUCACCACCAUUCUUGAAAUCUUCAUCACAGGUACCUUCCUGGCAAAGAUCGCCCGGCCCAAGAAGAGGGCCGAGACCAUCCGUUUCAGCCAGCACGCCGUGGUCGCCUCCCAUAACGGGAAGCCUUGCCUAAUGAUCCGAGUUGCCAAUAUGCGGAAGAGUCUCCUCAUUGGAUGCCAGGUGACGGGCAAACUGCUUCAGACCCACCAGACAAAGGAGGGUGAGAAUAUUCGGCUCAACCAGGUCAACGUGACUUUCCAAGUGGACACGGCCUCGGACAGCCCCUUUCUCAUUCUACCCCUGACCUUCUACCACGUGGUGGACGAGACAAGUCCCUUGAAAGAUCUCCCCCUCCGCAGUGGGGAGGGGGACUUUGAGCUGGUGCUGAUCCUCAGUGGGACAGUGGAGUCCACCAGCGCCACCUGUCAAGUUCGCACUUCCUACCUGCCGGAGGAGAUCCUCUGGGGCUAUGAGUUCACGCCCGCUAUCUCGCUGUCAGCCAGUGGCAAAUACGUCGCUGACUUUAGCCUUUUUGACCAGGUUGUGAAAGUGGCUCCCCCUGGUGGUCUCCGUGAUAGCACUGUCCGCUACGGAGACCCAGAAAAGCUCAAGUUGGAAGAAUCAUUAAGAGAGCAGGCUGAAAAGGAAGACAGUGCCCUUAGUGUGCGCAUCAGCAAUGUCUGACUUCCUGGUCUCUCCUCCCCAGCCCUUUGGCCUUUUCCUCUUUCAGUGCCUUGGGAAAAGGAGACUAUCUGGGUUCCCUGGAGAACCCCAGAAGCACCCAUCCUCUACUUCCCCUUCCUUAACCCAGUGGCCUGUCAGUAGUCCAGACCAACUGGAGUCCUACGUUUCCCUCUCGCUGUCCCCUCGCGCCUUCCUCUACUACUAUGCCAAGUACACGACUCUUAAGCCAGGAUGGGGGAAGGAGAGGGAAGAUUAGGCUGAAAUGGCUUGGAAGGCCUCAGCCAUGCUUGGAGAUUCACAUUCGGAGGACCAUGUGAUUGGAUGGCUAGACUCCCCCCAACUACCCACUACUAGGAAGUGUGAUGACUUGAGACCCGAGCCCCUCAGUCUCUGUUUCCAGCUAGUAAGUCCCCUAAGGCAAAGCUCUCUUGGAGAGUCACUCGAUGGACUAUGCUCUCGGAAAUAAAGGAAGCUGAAAUCAGUUUUCCCGGGGCUCUCUACCAAAUCCUGAAGAAAGAAGCCAGGGUUUGCCAUGGUGUAUUUCAUUUCAGCUGGUAACUCCUGACAUAACCUAGACUUUUGCUCACCGGCUCGUUUCCCCUUCCCAGUUCUCAAGUGGACCUUCUCAGGAUUCUCAGUUCUCCCUCAGCCUCUGUUCCCACAGAAUUGGGGCUGACCUGAGAAACGUCAACAGCCACCACCCCUCCUGCACCCAUUCUGGGUUCUGAGGAAGUCAGUUUUAGAACUAUUGUCCAAAACUCUGGCCCUGUCCUGAAAAGAUUUCUUUUACUGUGUCCUGUGAAUGGGAAAACCUUAGCCAAUGAGCUAGCGCUCUCUCUCUCUCUCUCUCUCUCUCUCUCUCUCUCUCUCUCUCUCUCAAAAUAUUUUUUGAGACAGGGCCUCACUAUGUAGCUCUGGCUGUCCUUGAACUCACUCUGUAGACCUGGCUGGCCUGGAACUCACAGAAAUCCACUUGCCUCUGUUUCCCGAGUGCUGGGAUUAAGGUGUGAGCCACUAUGCCCUGCCGCCAAUGCUCUCUAAGUCCAGCGCUCAGGACCCAUGACAAUAUCUAAAACCACUCCAGAUUACACUGUACAGGGCUCCCCUUCUUCCUUUCCUAUCCAUCCCAGACCCUUCACCCCUUCACCCAAGCUUUUGAAGAAUGACAGGGAAACACAGUCAUUUCCUUUCUUAACACCGAUCCAUUAAAACUAGUCACACACACACACACACACACACACACACACACACACACACACACACACACGUCACAGGGCACAGAUUCCCCAGGAAAGUUGAACUGACUUCUCAGAUUUGCAGAUUGCUAUGCAGAGCCUCUGGGAAUUUGUGAUGUUUUUGUUAAGGUUUGGACUGAAGCAGAGCUCGGGCUGACAGCCACUAUUUUGUUACAUCUCCUGUGCCCUUCUGAAAAGUGCCAGCUCUUUUAUGAGGCGAUGAGGAGAGGGGAGGAACUUACAUUCUGAUCUCAGCCAUUCUGACACGGCAUACAAUGAUGAAAGUCAGGGUCACCUCUACUCUGCCAACGGGCCAGUUUCAGGCAAGUUAAAAAGACAAGAUCAGACCCAGGCCAUUCCUGCUUCUCUGGUGAGGACCGUGGCCAGGGUCAGGGAAGGGCAUCAUCAGCACCAGGUCCUGUUCUAAAGCCCAAAGCACAAGCGAGUUCUGGCUCCACUUAGGUACACAGGAACCCCCACAAGGUGGUUUAGCAGGAAUGCCAGCAGGGAUGACAUAAUUGUUGAUUUAGGGUGGACUUGACAAAUGAUGACAAGCUACACACUUCCACAGAAUGUAUACACGCAUCUGUGCAAAGCCUUGAGGAGAAACCAGGAGGUCCUGAGGCUGAACACACCUCAGCUGUGCACGGUCCUCUUAACAGUGGUCUUUCCUUGAACUCAAUUAACGGUGGCUUGAAAAUGAAGAGCCUUCGCUCAGCUUCUUCUUACUGUAAAAACUCUCCACUGUCCUUAAACUCCCAUCAAGACGAGAACCAGAAGAACCUGAACGUCUGAGACAAAGAGCAGCAGGCGAAGAGCCAGCUUCCGUGGUUACAAAUACACCCAACGCUGUACUUACCCCGUGCUGGUCGGUGUGCAAGGACCAAGUGUACUGCGUGUGUCUCUUCUCACCCACUGGCAAUUUUUCCUCUGUCUGGUUUCUUCUGCACAGUGCUGCUUCUCCCCUGAAGGAAUUACUCUCUUCCCAGCCCCUUGCCUAAGGCCCAGCUCUCCUCAGAUUCUUGGAUAACAACGAGAGAAGAGAACACUUUCUGCCUUAACCCUUUUUGAACUUCCUCUGCAACCCCAGGCUUUUCCCCUAAGCUGCACUUUAAAACCAUGCCGCCCUGUUAAUUCAGAGUGGCACCCUUCUCCCAGAAGCCCAGUGCUCUGCAUGCAACCACCCCCACCCCCAAUUCUAAGUGGUUCUUCGGAUCACAGCCUGGGUCCCCUGACCUGGAAUCCCUUUUCAGGGUAUAGGACAAGCUUUCCUAGCAGCUGGGGCUGAUGAGAAAUGGGUUCCCAGUCUGUAGCAGCUGUAGAUUUGGAACGUCAGGAGGGUAACAGGUGAGGAUUUUAGGUGGGGUGGGAGAUUUCAGGUGGACAAAACAACCCAUGGGGAGGGAUAUCUAGAGUGUGAAAAUGAGAAAGAUGAGGCUAAGGGACCUAGUGAUGAACCCCAGAGUCUUACUUAUGACUGACACAGAAAAGGGUGGAAACUUGGGAAAUUGGGAUAUGAUAUAUAUGUUUAUCUGAGAAAAACAGAGAUAAUAUAUUGAGAGAUAUGUAUAUAGAUGUACAUAUACCCAAAUAUAUGGAAUGUACAGAAGGAAGUACUCAGACUUUAGCAAAGGGACAAAUAUCUUGCCUUGGUUUUAUGGAGUAGGAUACCUGGAUUUUCUGUGUUAUGGUCAGCAGAGCAGUGAGAGUAGCUGAUGGUUUUAAGUUUGAUUGAUGGAAAUGGGAGGGCCAGUCCUGUCCCUUUCAUAAAUAAAGGAGCACCCAUUGAGGUCUGAUGGACCUGUGCUGAUAGGACAAGAGAGGAGCCAGGAGGAAAUGGGGCAAGGAAAUGCCCUACCCACAAAGAUCUAGGAGAACCUACCACUCACACUGUUUUACCUAUCCCCGGCAAUAACAUGCCACUGAAUAACUUCUAAAGCAAGCAAGCAAGCAAGCAAGCAAGCAAGCAAGCAAGCAAGCAAGCAAGCAAGCAAGCCAGCCAGCAAUUUUCCUCUCCUGAAGUACACUCUGUGUAUUUCCCCUUCUUCCACCAGGGGAGGAACUCUAGCUCUAGGCCUCAUAAUUAAAAACCGAGACGCUGAAAAUUCGGUAUUUGGGAAACAGUAAGUGGAAAACUUACCACUAGAAUACAAAUGCCAGCACUGAUGAGCUGUUGAGCUCAAGACACUCCCAAGACAGAGGCCCGAGCCUAUGCACAAACAUUCUAAAGAGGGUGCUGUGUAUAUCACAGUUACAGUCCUGGUGGGGAGACAGAUGGAAGCCUUUAGCUUGGAGGCUCCUCUAUGAAGAAUGCAUUUUUCAUCUUCCCUACAGGAUGAUACAGUUCUAGGGGAGGCUUCUGAAACCACUAAGCCGUGUUUCACUUCAUUCCUGCUGCUCCCUACUGCUCCCUCCCCCCUUCCUGAAACCCACUCCAGCUAGUAAAACUAUGCAGGGGUUUCCCUGAGGUCAGCAGAGAAAGAAAAGCAGUCAUAGUGUAGCUACUGUCCAGGAACAUUGCACCUUCUCCAUGGCUGCUACCGCAAACCUUUACCCCUGCUAGCUAACUUAGUUUCUUUGCAAAAAUAACACAUUACCUAGGCUGUACAGUUAUCGGGGCUUCCAGGCCCACUAUUGGCCAAUGCUACUGAAGCAGGAAUAUCUAGGGAUGAUUUUUCUACGCACUGCAUUAAAAACUAAACCAGGUCAAAUGUAUUUAGAAACAAGAUGUGUGAGGUAUUUUUGGUUUAUUUUUUGUCUGUUCAGAAGAAACUACUAAAUAAACUGGAUGCAUCUCUUGUU